AUGGUUGUUGUUGAGAAUGAAGAAGAAGAGGUGGUAAUAGAGGAAGAAGCACCUGAUGAAAGGGAAAAGGAGGAACUACCAGCACCUGCCCCAGAGAAGAGAAAGGAGCCCACCACUGAUGUAUAUGUACCUCCUGUUCCUUUCCCACAAAGAUUAGCGCAUGCUAUCAAGGAGAUGCCUUCUUAUGCAAAGUUUCUGAAGAAGGUAUUAUCUAACAAAAGGCAGCUGCUGGAAAUAGGCGUAGAAACACUGAGAGGAGAAUGCAACGCUAUCUUAGAAUGCAAGGUGCCGAAAAAAGAAGCUGACCCCGGAUGUUUCACCAUUCCAGUCAAAUUUGGUGAAGUCUUGGUUAAUAAAGCACUUGCUGAUUUGGGGGCUAGUGUGAGUAUCAUGCCGCUGUCUUUAUGCAAGAGGAUCAAUGCAAAGAUCAAGCCAACAAGGAUGUCUUUGCAGCUAGCCGAUAGAUUAGUAAGGUUUCCAAUUGGAGUUGUUGAAGAUUUGCCAGUUCAAAUAGGGAUGUUCUAUGUCCCUUGUGAUUUUGUGAUUAUGGAUAUUGUUGAAGAUCAUGUCAUACCUAUCAUUCUUGGGAGAGAUUUUUUGAAGACCGCACGGGCUGUUUUUGAUGUAUUCAAUGGCAAGGUUACAUUGAACAUCUUGGGGGAGGACGUUGAGUUUCCUCUUCCAUCAAUAAUGAAAGGACCCGUUGAUUAA